AAAACAUGCACAUAUUUUGCUCCUUCAAUACUUUCCCAUACAGCUCGCCUAUCCCACUCCUAGUCUCCUACACCCUCUCCAUCUCUCCCUCUCUCCCAGUCCCUCCCUUCCCUUCCAAUAUUUUCUCCCACUUUCUUUUCCCGGUGGGUAUUGGAAUUCCGGCAGACCGCGGAAAUGGCUAAGUCCAUGACAACUCUGCUUCUCGCAUUCUUCUUCUGCUUUGUCCUAAUCCACCAGGAGAUCCACAGUGGAAAGGCAUUGGCAGCUCAUCAUAAGGGUAGAAAAAUAGAUUGCAGGUCGGAGUGCAAAAGGAGAUGCAGCAAGGCGUCGAGGCACAAGCUGUGCAUAAGGGCAUGCAACGCCUGUUGCCACCGCUGCAACUGCGUCCCUCCCGGCACCGCCGGCCACGCUGACGUCUGCCCUUGCUAUGCCCACCUGACCACCCACGGCGGUCGGAAGAAAUGCCCUUAGAAAAAUUACUAGCUACUGCGCGUUGCACAUGCAUGCAUGCAUGCAUGCAUGAGUCGUUCCACUGAAGAUUAGUAAAUAAAAACCCAUCCGAGGAUACAAGAAAGCUAGCUAGCUAGGGGUCAAGCUGCCAUUUCAUUUUUAUCCACUAUCUUCUACUACAAUGUGUUACUCUCUCUCUCAUUCUCUCUGGUUUAUUUCUUAUAAACCUGUUCUUCGCUCUUGUUGUCCCAUACUCUGUUACUGUUUGCCUAGUUUCUGAAAUCUUGUUUAGUUUUUAAUUUCCACCUCCUGAUGUGGUACCUGUUUAAUCAAUGUCAAUAUGUUUGUAUGUCA